CAAGCAGUCGGUUCUUCGCUUGCUCAACAGGUUCUGCACUCCACAGCUUCCUAAUCUUCAGGCAUCACAGAGUUCGGCCUUUAGACAGUCUCUCCAUCAACUUUUGCGAAAGAAGAAGGGCAAGAGAUCAUGGCGGGUGCGGCGAAGGCGUCAUGGAUGGUGGCGAUGAGCGUGGGCGCGGUGGAGGCCCUCAAGGACCAGGCCGGCCUCUGCCGCUGGAACUACGCGCUCAAGUCCAUCCACAGGACCGCCAAGGCCAGAGCAAACGUCCAUGGUGGCGUCUCGCAGAGCACGAAGCAGCUUCCAGCGUCUGCCGCAACGGUGUCGGAGAGGCGGCGGGCGGAGAAGGCCGAGGAUGGGCUGAGGACCGUCAUGUACCUCAGUUGCUGGGGUCCCAACUAGUGCUAGCUUAGCGAGAGGUGUUUCUGCAGUUCUGCUAGCUCCAGCCGCCAGCAACAACCGUGGCGUACGUGUGACUUGGCUGGUUAAUUCCCUCCUGAUUGUAAAUAUGUCUCACCAUGAUGAUGAUGAUGAUGAUGAUGAAAUUUCCCCCCA